GCCGCAGCGGGGGGCGAGCGCACGUGGGGGCUCGGCCUCUUAUGGGUUGGGCAGCGGGAGGGGACCCCGGGUCCUCACAGCCCCCUUGGGCCGUCGAGGCAUUCGGUUCGCCUCAGGUGGAAGUCCGGGGAACUACCUGUUGAAUGCCAACUUUGGAAAGAUAAGUGAUGAUGGAUGGGGUGGCUUGUUCCAGGUCGCAGACUGUGCUCACCCAUGCAUGUUCCUUUGGGGAAUAGUCAGGCUUGUCCGAGGGUCUGCACAACAUUCUCCCCUGGAACCUGUCGCCAGCCUCACCUGGGCGCUGACCCUGUGGCAGGGAUCUGGACGAGUAGCUGCAGGCAGGAGAGCGGCGGGAGUUCACUGAGGAGUGGGGAUCGCGGGUGCCCUGGAGUGGCCGAAGCAGGCAGCCCUCGCUGCGUGCCUCAGAUUACAGAGGAUGGGAGGGCGGCAGCCUGCCCGCUCCUCGGCUGGGACUUCUGCAGAGGGCCUGGAAGUCCGGAGACAGGGUCGCUCACUGAUGGGGCCUCUACCUUGCUCCAGAUGAAAGAGGUGUGCAUUCCAAAGGAAGCUGGCAAGGGAGAGCUAGCUUUCAGCUGACCCGGCUCUUUGGAGGAGGGACUCUAGCCUAAGCCUCCGCACAUGGUGAAGUGGGUAGAUGCCUUCCUGCUUCUUUGGCUGUGAUUUUUAUCAACUUGUUAGUAGACAGCCAGUAUACUUACUGCGGUUAAUACGCAUGCCUGGAAUGGGCAAUUGGACGUGCUUGGCUGGUCUUUGAACCUUGUGGGGGUGAGGGUAUGGCUGCUGUGCUCUAAGCUUUGGGCCUUCUGCACUUUACUCUUGGAUGAGUAAUGAAUGGAGAGAAGGGUACCGAAUGGAGUGACUGUAAGCAUCUUUUCCUUUCCCCUCCCCUGGUGCAGACUCAAAGCCCUGCAUGGAUAGGAUGGGGAGCUGUGCAGCCUGGUCCUUUGAGGUGUGUCCUUGGCAUCCCCAUAUGAAACUUCUGCAGGAUAAAGAGAAGGGGAACACAUGUUUGAGUUCUGUGACUCCACCUAUGUUAAAGGCUUUUGGACUUUUUUUUUUGGAUACUGCUGUAAUUAUGGUCUUUAAUUUAUAAGCUGUGGAUUCCUACACAUUUCAGUCACAACCUUCAAGCAUAGUUUGAAUCUUAAAGCUUGCUCCUGUGACUCCUUGUUUCUCUUUGAGGCUUUCACUGUAGCCUGAUGCCUUUAGAAAAUGUUUGAUUUACAGCCUUCUAAGAGAAAAGAUGUUUUAACAUGGCACUUCACUUUUUGAAGGAGACUUUUGAAGUUUGCGAUUUUUAUCUGCAGUGUUUUAACUUGUACUCUUUCUCCAUGGUAGUUUGUCUGCCGAACUAUCCAUUAUGAGUAGUGCUAUGUUUUGGAGAUAAUCUUGGGUUUGCCAUUUAAUACAAAAUUAGCAGUUUAAACACACCAUUUGUAACUAUUUUAUCCUUGUGAGUGGAGAGAUAAUGUGUGAAUUUGGCAGAAGGGAUCUAUUCUCUUUUGAAACUUUUUGAAGUGCUUAUCUAACUCCUUUGUAGUCCAUUAGCCUAGCCAAAAAAAAAAAAAAAAAAAAAGUCAACAAUUGCUAAGUAAAGAAAAAAUGACUUAAAUGGUAUUUGAUAAGUUGACCUGUUAAGCAAUCACUAAUAGGUGUCCUAAAUUCCCUUAUAACUACAGUAAUGUUGGUAAGUUUAUCUGAGCUGUCUGAAUAGUCAUUUCGUGGUGUUAUCACUCGAUAUCUUUAAUAACUUUAUUGUGAGGCCCAGUUGCUAAACCUCAUCAUGUGCACAGAAGGAGCCCGGCAUGGCUCUCAGGGCUGUGUGUGUACAGAGGCUGGCACGCUUUUAUUAGUCCUUCGGAUACUGCCUGAGUGACGGAGCUGGUGUGGCCCCUCUCAGCCCUGAAGAAGGUUUUUGUAAGAUGCACCCCCUGGGCCUGUGUAAUAACAAUGACGAAGAAGACUUGUAUGAAUACGGCUGGGUAGGAGUGGUGAAGUUGGAACAGCCAGAAUUGGACCCGAAACCAUGCCUCACUGUCCUGGGCAAGGCCAAGCGAGCGGUGCAGCGGGGAGCCACGGCGGUCAUCUUCGAUGUGUCUGAAAACCCAGAGGCUAUUGAUCAGCUCAAUCAGGGCUCAGAAGACCCGCUCAAGAGGCCGGUGGUGUACGUAAAGGGCGCGGAUGCCAUCAAGCUGAUGAACAUUGUCAACAAGCAGAAAGUGGCUCGAGCUCAGAUUCAGCACCGCCCUCCUCGACAACCCACUGAAUACUUUGAUAUGGGAAUUUUCCUGGCUUUCUUCGUCGUGGUUUCCUUGGUCUGCCUCAUCCUCCUCGUCAAAAUCAAGCUGAAGCAGCGACGCAGUCAGAAUUCCAUGAACAGGCUGGCUGUGCAGGCUUUGGAGAAGAUGGAAACCAGGAAGUUCAACUCCAAGAGCAAGGGGCGCCGGGAGGGCAGCUGCGGGGCCCUGGACACACUCAGCAGCAGCUCCACGUCCGACUGUGCCAUCUGCCUGGAGAAGUACAUCGACGGAGAGGAGCUGCGGGUCAUCCCCUGCACUCACCGCUUUCACAGAAAGUGCGUGGAUCCAUGGCUGCUGCAGCACCACACCUGUCCCCACUGUCGACACAACAUCAUAGAGCAAAAGGGAAACCCAAGUGCCAUGUGUGUGGAGCCCAGCAACCUCGCUCGCGGCCGGCAGCAGAGGGUGAUCUUGCCGGUGCACUACCCUGGCCGCGUGCACAGGACCAACGCCAUCCCGGCCUACCCCACGAGGACGAGUAUGGACUCCCACGGGAACCCCGUCACGCUGCUGACCAUGGACCGGCAUGGGGAGCAAGGCCUCUAUUCACCACAGACCCCCGCCUACAUCCGCAGCUACCCGCCCCUCCACCUGGACCCCACCCUGGGCCCACACCGCUGUGGCCUGGAGCACCGGCCCUACUCGCCAGCCCACCCCUUCCGCAGGCCCAAGUUUGGCAGCCGCGGCUUCUCCAAGGCAGCUUGCUUCUCCCAGUAUGAGACCAUGUACCAGCACUACUACUUCCAGGGCCUCAGCUACCCCGAGCAGGAGGGGCAGGCCCCCCCGAGCCUUGCUCCCAGGGGCCCGGCCCGCGCCUUCCCCCCGGGCAGUGGUGGCCUGCUCUUCCCCCCCGUGGUGCACAUGGCCCCGGCCUCGCACCUGGAGAGCGGCAGCGCGUCCAGCUUCAGCUGCUACCACGGCCACCGCUCGGUGUGCAGUGGCUACCUGGCCGACUGCCCAGGCAGCGACAGCAGCAGCAGCAGUAGCAGCUCGGGCCAGUGCCGCUGCUCCUCCAGCGACUCAGUGGUGGACUGCACGGAGGUCAGCAACCAGGGCGUGUAUGGGAGCUGCUCCACUUUCCGCAGCUCGCUCAGCAGCGACUACGACCCCUUCAUCUACCGUAGCCGGAGCCCUUGUCGUGCUGGCGAUGUGGGGGGCUCGGGCCGGGUGCCCGUUGUUCGCCUUGAGGGCUCCCCACCACCUGAGGAGCUCCCAGCGGCACCGGGUCAAGGUGCUGGGCGGGGAGAGCCUUGGGCCGGCCCCGCCUCCCCCUCGGGAGACCGGCUCUCCAACUGCAGCCUGGAGAUGAACUAUAGCAGCAGCUCCUCCCUGGAGCCCCGGGGGCCCAACAGCUCUACCUCAGAAGUGGGGCUCGAGGCCUCUCCUGGGGCCGCCCCGGACCUCACGAGGACCUGGAAGGGGGCCCAGGAGGGGCCGUCUUGUGCCUGCUGCUGUGAGCCCCAGCCUUCCCACCCAGAGCCCAGUGGGGGAGCGGCCGGGGGCAGCCCCUUGUUCCUGGGCCCCAUGGCCAGGGAGUCGAAGCUGGGGAGCUCCCCGGGCCCGUGUGGCCUCCACCCAGACCACUUACCCAGGACAGAUGGGGUGAAAUAUGAGGGCCUGCCCUGCUGCUUCUAUGAAGAGAAGCAGGUGGCCCAUGGUGGCGGCUACACCGAGGACUGCUCGGUGCGCGUGCAGUACACGCUUGCCCAGGAGCCCCCACCCGGCUGCCAUGCCGGGGCCCGGGACCUGAGCCAGCGCAUCCCCAUCAUUCCGGAGGAUGUGGACUGUGAUUUGGGCUUGCCCUCCGACUGCCAAGAGACCCGUGUCCUAGGCCCCUGGGGUGAGAUGCCACCAGGUCCAGAGGCCCUGUGGCCCUGCCAGGGCCUGGGAACAGCCCAGGAAGAAGAACGAUUUCUGUGCUGCCCAACCAGGGCACCAGUGCCACCUGGCUGCCCUCUGGAGGAAGUGCGGGCCACCAGGGCCAGCUCCCCCAGUGCCCCCCAGGACACUCAGGAGUCUAGCGCCACAGCCACUGAGGCUGCAGGACAGGGAUCUCGCCCAGGAGCCUGAGCUAAGAAGGAACUCUUACGUGGAAAUGGGAACUGCAUGGAGACUCCAAACUCUGACUCCCUACAGAAAAAAGAUUUUUUUAGCUUUGACAAACACACUAAAGUGGUAAUAAAGAGAGCCCUGCUUCUCAACCCAAAAUGUGAGCCGCCUGUGGCAGCCCCCUCCCCCCAUUAACAAACCAACAAACAAAAUUCUGAGUCCUUUGCCUCUUUUGAUAACAUGUUAUCCUUCUGUAUUGUAAAUGUGUGUGCUUGGGGUUCUGAGGUGUGUGGGAUUGAGUUCUCUGCUUUGUUUUUUAAGAUAUUAUAUGUAAAUGUAAAAAGUUAUUUAAAUAUAUAUUUUAAAGAACCCUAAUUGCCAACUUUUGCUGAAAAAAAAAAAAAAUUCACUGCUGCAUUAAUUGAACCACAUCAUGUGUAGAUACUGUUGUCUCCCUGGAGGGAGCUCAGGCCUUUGAAAAGCUCAGGGCUACACCUGCCUUAGAAAAUGAACCAGAAACUUGAAGUAAAGCUAGUUGAUAUGGGUACAAACUCUGAGGAACAAUGCAAUGCUGCCUCUUUCUUUCUCGUGGCAAGUCCCAACUUAACAAAAUUUCAGGUCUUCUCGGAAGCCAUGCUUCUCCAGCCCGCACCUUUAGGCAGCUCAUGGAAACAGCUAGGAACAGAGCAGAAGGUCUUGCAGCAUGGGGAGCUGGAACAAGCCAUUGCUACUUAAGCCCUGAGGUGACAGGGACGACUGCCCAGUGUCCUCAGCCUGACCCCUCUGGCAUCGUCCUAAGUAGAAGGACAUAGUUCAUAGUCCUGAUCUUAGGCUUCCUGCCACGGGCUGCAGAGAUGGUUCUACGGGGUGCAUGGGGACAAGCACCCAGGAGGAAGGCCCGUAGUUGUGCAACCUUGGUGUGUAACCUUGGUGUGUGACAACGGAGCUAGGGGCGAGGAGGGAUGGAGGCCCUCCACCCCCACCCGCGCGGGCCUGUGUGCAGGCGUCCUUGAGGGCGCAGCCACACCCCUCGGCUGCUCGGGGCCUCCAGCUGCCUUCCUGGGGGGCGUGGCCAGGGCCCCACCGGGGUCUGAGCUCUGUUCGAAGGAUAAGUUUCCCAUCCCAUUUCCUUAUGGAAGCAUCGCUUCAGGGUUAUUCAGCUUUCUGCCUCAUGACUGAAAUUGCUCAUCUCGCCUGCAAAUGUCUACUAUCCUUUCUACCUAAUGCACUAUUAUGUAUUGAUUCUCCAUGAGACAAACAGAAAGAGACUAUCAGAUAGUUGAGACCCAAAGGGUAGGUUUUUGUAUAUUAUUCCACCCUUUUGUUGUUUUUGUUGUUUUAAGAGGGAGGGAGAGUUUAAAACCCAAACCAUUGUUUAAAAAAGAUGUUAACAUUUUAAAAGGGAGAAUCUAUUUAAAGCUCUUUCAGAUCAGGGAUUGUCAUCCUUUUUGUCCUGUGUAUUUCUCGUUCUUAAAAAAAAUGUUUUUUAGAAGAAACUAAUCACAUUAGCCCUUGUGUUUGCUGACUCUCUGGUCACUCUUAAUUAUUCAUUUAUUUAGCAGGCAUCAGUUGUCAUCUGAAGUGCUCAUUUGCUGAAUAGGAAGCUGGAGACCUGGCCCCCCUGUAGAUGGAGAAAUAGAGACCACCCUGGGCUGCCAGGGGACAGGGAUGGCUCCUCUCCAGUAAGGCUCAGGGGACGCCAGCCCAGGGUCCACACCAGAACAUUUGGGAGAAUCUUACUGUGUCAGAAUCCUUUUGACUUAAAAACUCCAGCCUGUGAUGAGGAAACUUAUUUACUUCCAGCCAGGAUUUGACUGAAAGAAAUUCCAGCGUCCAGUGAUCCGGCCACUUGCCAUUUAAGAGCUCAUUGUGGUGACAUUUGUCCUCCAGUCUCAGAGGUGUGGUCCCUUGGGGGCGGCUCCUCACCCCUUAUGCCCAGCACACCUGUUGGCGAGGGUGUGAGAAGCGCCUGAGCCCUUGGCAUGUGAUCUGGGCCGCCUUUAUUUCUUGGGCCAGGAGUAGCAGCUGCUGAGGACAGCAGCUUGCAUGUCGUGGUUUUAGGGAAGGAGUGGGGGGUAUUAUGGCUUCUAACGUGAACUUCUGCUUUUACACAAAGCAGCUUCUCAUUGUUGAGAUUUUAUUUGUUAGUUUGUGGUUUUGUGGGUUUUUUGUUGUUGUUGCUUUUGUUUUUAAUGCCUUUGAGCACAUAUUAUCUUCCUUGUCUGAAUCCAUACCCCCAAAGUGGCUUUCUUUAGCCCUGGCUGGAAAAUUGCUCCUCAACAGCCUUAAGCAAGAAAUAGAUGAGGAGAGAAUGUGACUUCAACUGGGCUUAUUAAAAUAAAUGUGUCCAAUUUUCACUUGAAAGAGCAAUAACUACAGAUGGCAAAAGAAACAAUUUAAUUUUCAUGGUUUAUUGGGUGAUAGAAACAAAAAUGAAGUUUUAAGACUUUAAAUCUCAACCACUGUCUUAGAUUUGUGUUGGCUCACCAGACAGGGAGGUCACUGAAAUAUAGUGACCAACUACAUUAUUGCCUCACCAUUCAAAUCGAAAGAAAUGUCUUCUUUAAUGUCGCAAGACCCCAAUAAUGAUGAUGACAGGUACCUUUUAUCGGUGGCCUCUCAGCAGCGUGAAAGCUCCCAUGAAAACUGGGGGCUUCACAGUUUCCACGGAGAGCCACACCCCCACCCACGGUUGCCAGAAAGUGACUGUCGUGCGUGGUCUCAUGUCCCAGCCUUGCAGGUAGGACAGCCAUGUAAACUAAAGAGUGCUAGAACCAGUUGGUAGAGGGGGUUAGGGAGUUCUGGUCCACAUGGUACCUCUUUGUAGCAGACACAACCCCGGUAUGCGGGCCUUUACUCUGUCUCUUGGCCUCUGAACCCACGCCGCUUUGUAAAGCUCCCUCUGCUGUCCCACUGCUCACACCCUCCCUUCGUGCUGCUAGUUCCUACUCAAAAGUUCAUGCAGGACUAAUGCUUUUAAAAUGAGGUCUAAAAAAUAAUUACUAAGCAAGAGUAUUAUUUUUUAAACAGAACUGCCUUUUUCUAUUCUUUAUAUAAACUUGUGUUGGUCUAAGGCACUAUUUUAAAAUGUUUUUUAAAAAUUUCUCCCAUAGCACUUAAAAAUAUUUUGUAAAGACUUUGCUGUAAAGAUUUUGUAAUAAAAUGGUCUAAGGGCUCCUUCUCCAACAUUACCAUUUUUUAAAAAUGUUUUAAAGGCUAGAAAACAACUUAUGUAUAUUCUGUAUAUGUAUAGCAGCACAUUUCAUUUAUGGAAAUAUGUUCUCAGAAUAUUUAUUUACUAAUAUAUUUAUCUUAAGCCAUGUCUUAUGUUGAGAGUGUGACAUUGUUGGAAUAAUCAUUGAAAAUGACUAACAUGAGGCCCUGUAAAUACAUGAUAAUUGCACACAGAUUUUACAUAUUUGCCGACCAAAAAAUGAUUUAAAAUAAGUUGUAGUCUUCUAUGGUUUUGUAACAAAUUGUACAAAUGACUGUAAAAAAAAAUACAAUUUUAUCAAGUA